AUGAGCCCAACAGAUUCUUAUCUACUUCACAACUUCAUUUAAACAUCAACUCUUCUUCAGUCAGCAACAUGGGCAUCUUUAUUUUCUACUCUCUUUUGUUUUUCAUUGUGGUAGGUGUGUUUGGUGAUGAAGUGAAGUCAGAGUCAGUGAUGAAGGGAGAUUCGGUUAUUCUACACACUGAUACUGUGAAACAGACAGAUGAUCUAAUUGUGUGGUAUUAUGGACCUGAAGACAUUGUUAUUGCAAGAAUCAAUGAAAAGGAAAAUAUCAUCAUGCUAUCUGAUGAUGAGAGAUUCAGAGACCGAGUGAUGGUGGAUGAUCAGACAGGAGAUCUCAUCAUCACAAACAUCACACAUGAACACACUGGCCUCUAUACACUUAAGAUCAGCAGAAACAAUGCAGUCUUUUAUAUAAAAUCAAAUGUUACUGUCUAUGCUCGUUUGCCCGUUCCUGUCAUCAGCAGAGUUUCUUCUCAAUGUUCUUCAUCUUCAGUCUCAAACUGUGUGGUGUUGUGUUCAGUGUUGAAUGUGAGAGAUGUGAGUCUGUCCUGGUACAAAGGAAACAGUUUAUUGUCCCUAAUCCAUAUGUAUGAUCUCAACAUCAGACUCUCUCUACCUCUGGAGGUUGAACAUCAGAAUACAAACACAUACAGCUGUGUGGUGUCCAAUUCCAUCAGAAAACAAACUCAACAUCUCAACAUCGCUCAACUUUGUGAGCCAUGUUCAGUUUCUCCUGAACGGACGUUCAGUAUACUUCCAUUUGUAUUUACUGUUAAGAUCUGGGUGUUCUGCAUCAUCAGCCUUCUCUAAAUACGCAAAAGAAGAAAGCUCAUAAAGCAAGUCUUGUGAAACCAUUACAUGCUGGAAAACUUUGACUAAAGAAGUAGCAGAAACUGCAGAAGGAUAUAUUGCAGAUGCUUCAAGGUUUCCGAAAGGACAGCAAAAAGGCAACAGACUGACACUUAUACAUCUACUGUCUUGAUACACUGCUCACAUUUGUAAGGUAUGGCAGUGUCAUAACUAGAUCGUAUGUGAUACUUGAAUCGCUAUUAAAUAUGAACAGCGUGGGGAUUAUCUCUGGAUGUCAACACCAAAGAGGUCAGAGCCAGGUCUGUUUCUAAUCGGUUCAUGUAAUUGCCCAAAAGUGAUGAUAACUCAACAACCACAGUUGGACGUUUACAACUCCUCCUAAAGAUUGAAAGAGAGCAGACAAGAUUUGAAAGGUUACAGCUGGCCCUAACAGAGACUUGAAUUGUGGUUGACACAAAAUAAAGUACACACAAAAAUAUUAUACACUAUAAUCUAAAAUGAAAUGAUCCAUGUUAGUUUAAAGAAAUUGCACUUUGAUGUCUCUAAGAAAGCAGCAAAUGCAAUGAAA